AUGUAUGAUAACGAAGACAUCAAGACUUUUACCGAUAAGUUAAUUGGUUUGGAAAAUCAAUUAACUUAUCAUGGGGAAAAGAAAUCAGACCUUCAACUUGUACAGAAGAUAAUCAUCUCUCUCCCAGCCAAGUUCGAUAGUAUUGUUAGUGUUUUAGAGCAAACUAGCGAUUUGACUUCAACAACAAUGUCAGAGCUAAUCGGUAUUUUGAAAGCUCACGAAGCAAGAGUAUCUGCAAGAGAGGAAAACACAAAUGAGGGAGCAUUUUAUGUUCGUUCAAAAGGAAAGCAAUCCGGUGUCAAACAAGACAACACAAAAGGCCGUGGAAAUCAAGGCAAGAAGUGGUGUGGGUUUUGCAAGAGAAGCAACCACACAGAAGAAGAGUGUUGGACGAAACCGAAGAAAGACGAUCAUGAAAAAAAUCAGAAAAGUAACAAGGAGUGUUACAAGUGUGGUAAGAUCGGCCACUUCGCAAAUGUGUGUCGCUCAAAGAAUAAAGAGAGAGCACAUGUAAGUCUCGAAGAAGAAGAAGAAGACUUAAAUGAAGAUCAUAUGCUGUUUAGUGCAAGUGAGGAAUCAACAACAACGUUAGGAGCAGACGUGUGGUUGGUAGACAGUGGCUGCACGAACCAUAUGACGAAAGAAGAAAGAUACUUCUCUCACAUCGAUAGAAGUAUCAAGGUUCCGAUUAGAGUCGGGAACGGAGAUAUAGUCAUGACAGCCGGUAAAGGAGAUAUUACCGUCAUGACAAGUGAUGGCAAAAGAAUCAUUAAAAAUGUUUUCUUAGUGCCUGGUUUGGAGAAAAACUUGUUAAGUGUUGCUCAAAUCAUCUCAAGUGGCUAUCGACAAACGUUUGCAACAAAUGCAAGACAAGGACGUGGUAAAGGGGUUACCAAGUUUUAA